AUGAGCACCAAUAGCUCUUUUAUAAAGAUUGGAAUUAUCGGAAAACCAUCAUGUGGAAAGAGUACAUUAUUGAAUGCCAUUGCUGAUGCAAAUGCAAAAACAGGAAAUUAUCCAUUCACCACCAUCGAACCCAAUCAUGGAACAGCUUUAUAUAAGGCCAGUAUUCCAUGUCCAUGUGCAGAAUAUGGUUUGCAGAAAUACUGUAAACCAAAAUAUGGAAAAUGUGCCAAUUCUGUGAGAUACAUUCCAAUUAGUGUGAUGGAUGUGGCUGGACUAGUUCCUGGAGCUUCUUUGGGAAAAGGUUUGGGAAACAAAUUUUUGGACGAUUUAAGACAUGCACAUGUAUUGAUUCAUGUAUUAGACGUCUCUGGAACCACCAAUGAAAAGGGAGAAAACUGUGAAGGAUACGAUCCUAUCAAUGACAUUGAAUGGCUUGAAAAAGAAAUUCACGAUUGGAUUUUUAAUAAUUUAUGGAGCCGUUGGGAUAGUAUCGUAAGAAAGCAUCGACAAUGCAAAAAUACAAUUACUGAAACAUUUUCUCAACAACUUAGUGGUUACGGAUGCAAUAGAAAAUUUAUUGUUUCUUUUUGUGACCAUUUAGCUCGAACAAUGACUCAACUCAUUGAUGACAAUGUUAACGAAGAAGAAAAAAGAAAUCUCUAUUCCAAACAUAUCAAGCCACUUGAUAAGUGGUCUGAAGAGGAUCUUCAUGCAUUUGUUUCCAUAUUUGUGUCAUUCAGAUUUCCAACUUUAUAUGCGCUGAAUAAGAUUGACCACAAAGCGAGCUCCAAAUAUAUUAACAAAUUUUAUGAAAAGUAUGACAAUGAUCGAAUUGUGCUCACUUCAGCCUUAGCUGAGUGUUUUUUAAAGAACAUGAGAAAGAAAGGAUAUAUUUUUUACAAUGAAGGUGACAGUGAGGUUAAAACAUUUGAAGAUUUUGAGGAAAACGAUGAAGAAAGAAAAUUACUAAAACCAAUCACCGAUCAGAAAAAUUUACAAAUCCUUCAAAAUAUUAAGGAUUUUGUACUUGCGAGAUUUGAUUCGACAGGUGUCACAGAAGCCAUAAAAAAGGCUGUAGAUCUUCAAGAACCUGUCAUUAUAUAUCCAGUGAAUCAAAAUAUUACUCAACUCUCAGAACACAUGAAAGAUCGAGAAGAUGUGGAAGAUGUAAGAGUCUUUGAGGAUGUGGCUCUCAUGAGAUAUGGCAGCUCUGUUAAAAGUUUUGUGAGCAAAUUCUACCGUUCAAUUAUACCCACUGAGCAGCAAAUUAUUUCAGAAUCUGGAAAACCAAUGCUUCCUCCAUAUUUCGUCGAAGGUAUCGAUGGAAGAAGACUUGCUGAACAUCAUCUCUUUAAAAAAGAUUGCAACAAUAUCAUUCGAGUGGUAUUCACUGGCAAUUAA